AUGCAGCGCGACCCUGUUUCCUUCGAUACAAAUGGCCUUUACAUUCUGGUCUCAGACAUUGGUGCCGAAUCACAGUUCCACUGGUGCUUUUACCUGGCUACAAGCGCAAAAGAAGGUCAAAUAUUCCACCUGAUCAACAACGAGGACACAGGCCAUACAUGGCAGUACCAGACGAAGCCGAGCGAGGACGUUCCGUUGUCGAUUACUCUGCUGGUCGGCCGCAAAAUUGCCGUGAUGCACCCAAAUCUACAUGGGCCUCUUGCUGAGAGGUUGGCUGCGGUGUCGACUACGCCACCAGUCACCUGCCGCCUGUGGCUCAAACGUGCUCUUUCUGACUUGGACGAUGAAGGAUAUAUCCAGCUCAAAGAAAGUGUCGACUGGAUCGAAGAAGAGGCAUUUAUUGACGCUCUUGAAAACAAACCACGAGGACGGAGGACCGUACAAAAUAGCGCAGGCAGUGUUGCAUAA